UGAAAAGAAGAGACAGAGUCUACAAAUUAGGGAACUUGUGUAGGCAGCAGAGUUGAGAAAGAACUGAAGAGAUGCCACCUGUGGCAUUAGUUUGAUUAAAGACAAGCCUACUCAACUCAGCGUGGGCACCCUGCUUCUUACAUCUUUGCAACCAAUUUUUAACACCAAUGGCUUCCAAGAAGAAGUGGGCUGAGCGGAGGGAGUUGCGCAGGGACCGGCCGUUCUCCACCCGGGAUGAUUCAUCUGUUGCAUCUGGGACAUCUGGGCCGGGUCGUCCCACCACCAGGGGGCGCUUCUCAGAGUCUUGGAAGAGGCUCAGCUCCAGAGGGGGGUCCACCAAGAGAGGGGGGCUCAACUCUCAGCAGCCACCGGCACAGAAAUCCUGGAUAGAGAGAGCGUUCAGCAAGAGAGAAUGUGUUCAUAUCAUUGUGAGUGCCAAAGACCCCCAUAGGUGCUGUUGUGGUCGCCUGAUAGGUCAGCAUGUUGGCCUGCCACCGGGCAUCUCAUCCAGUCAGAAUGAUAAGGCGGAGCGUUUGGCCAAGAAUGACAGCCUGUCGGAGAAGUGGUCGAUCAGCAAGCACACACAGCUCAGCCCCACCGAUGCCUUCGGUACCAUCGAGUUCCAAGGAGGGGGACACUCCAACAAAGCCAUGUACGUACGAGUGUCUUAUGACACUAAGCCUGACCUGCUGCUCCACCUGAUGACUAAGGAGUGGCAGCUGGAUCUGCCCAAGCUGCUCAUCUCAGUCCACGGCGGCCUGCAGAACUUUGAACUGCAGCCAAAACUCAAACAGGUCUUUGGCAAAGGGCUCAUUAAGGCUGCUAUGACAACAGGAGCCUGGAUCUUCACCGGAGGGGUCAACACAGGGGUGAUUCGCCAUGUGGGUGAUGCUCUUAAGGACCACGCUUCCAAGUCAAGGGGAAAAAUCUGCACUAUUGGCAUUGCUCCAUGGGGAAUCGUCGAAAACCAAGAGGAUCUCGUUGGCAAAGAUGUUGUGCGUCCAUACCAGACCAUGUCCAACCCUAUGAGCAAGCUCACGGUUCUGAACAGCCUCCACUCCCACUUCAUCCUGGCAGACAAUGGCACCACGGGAAAGUACGGCGCUGAGGUCAAACUGCGGCGCCAGCUGGAGAAACACAUCUCCCUGCAAAAGAUCAACACACGUAUCGGCCAGGGAGUGCCGGUUGUGGCUCUGAUCGUGGAGGGUGGCCCUAAUGUGAUCUCCAUAGUACUGGAGUACCUCAGGGACACACCUCCGGUCCCUGUGGUGGUGUGUGAUGGCAGCGGCAGAGCCUCAGACAUCUUGGCCUUUGGGCAUAAAUACUCUGAGGAGGGAGGCAUUAUUAACGAGUCUCUGAGAGACCAGUUGCUGGUGACCAUCCAGAAGACUUUCACCUACAGCCGCACACAGGCUCAACAUCUGUUCAUCAUCCUCAUGGAGUGCAUGAAGAAGAAGGAGCUGAUAACAGUUUUCCGGAUGGGCUCGGAGGGUCAUCAGGACAUUGACCUUGCCAUCCUCACUGCUUUACUCAAAGGUGCCAACGCUUCAGCUCCUGACCAGCUGAGUUUGGCUCUGGCGUGGAACAGAGUGGACAUUGCCCGCAGUCAGAUCUUCAUCUAUGGACAGCAAUGGCCUGUUGGUUCCCUGGAGCAGGCGAUGCUGGAUGCCUUAGUUCUGGACAGAGUGGACUUUGUAAAGCUGCUGAUUGAAAAUGGAGUCAGUAUGCACCGUUUUCUCACACUUUCCAGGCUGGAGGAGCUCUACAAUACGAGACAUGGACCGUCCAACACGCUGUACCACCUUGUCAGAGAUGUCAAAAAGGGAAACCUGCCGCCAGACUACCGCAUCAGCCUCAUCGAUAUCGGACUGGUCAUUGAAUACCUCAUGGGCGGGGCUUAUCGGUGUAACUACACCAGGAAGAGAUUCAGAACCCUGUACCACAACCUUUUUGGACCCAAGAGGCCCAAAGCCCUGAAACUGCUGGGGAUGGAGGACGAUAUGCCAAUCCGCAGAGGACGCCAGAAGACCACUCGUAAGCGGGAGGAGGAAGUGGACAUCGAUUUGGACGACCCUGAAAUUAACCACUUCCCUUUCCCCUUCCAUGAGCUCAUGGUGUGGGCCGUGCUCAUGAAGCGCCAGAAGAUGGCACUGUUCUUCUGGCAGCAUGGCGAGGAGGCCAUGGCUAAGGCGCUGGUAGCAUGUAAGCUUUGUAAAGCCAUGGCACACGAAGCCUCAGAGAAUGACAUGGUGGACGACAUCUCCCAGGAGCUAAACCACAAUUCCAGAGAGUUUGGCCAGCUGGCAGUGGAACUCUUAGACCAGUCCUAUAAACAGGACGAGCAGAUGGCCAUGAAGCUCCUGACGUAUGAGCUGAAAAACUGGAGCAACGCCACCUGCCUACAGCUGGCUGUUGCAGCCAAACACAGGGAUUUCAUCGCUCACACCUGCAGUCAGAUGCUGCUGACCGACAUGUGGAUGGGACGCCUGCGCAUGCGCAAGAACUCAGGCCUUAAGGUGAUCUUAGGGCUGCUCCUGCCACCAUCCAUUUUGAGUCUGGAGUUCAAGAACAAGGACGAAAUGUCCUACAUGCCACAAGAUCAGGAGGCCUACCUACAGGAGAAGGAGGAAGAGGAGCCAGAGAAACCCGUCAAGGAGAAGGAGGAGGAAGACAUGGAGUUCACAGUAAGAUCUUACUGUGAGACGCAGUACAACUCCGUGGCAAUGCUGGGUAAGGUAACCAGUGAGACGUCAAGAAAGAAGGACGUCGAGGAGGUUCAGAACCGCCACCGCCUCAUACCCAUGGGACGCAAGAUAUACGAGUUCUACAACGCUCCGAUUGUCAAGUUUUGGUUCCAUACGAUGGCAUACGUGGGCUACCUAAUGCUGUUUAACUACAUUGUCCUGGUUAAGAUGGACCUGUGGCCAUCUCCUCAGGAGUGGAUCGUCAUCGCUUACAUCUUCACUAAUGGCAUUGAGAAGAUGAGAGAGAUCCUGAUGUCAGAGCCUGGGAAAUUGUUACAGAAGGUGAAGGUGUGGCUUCAGGAGUACUGGAACAUCACAGACCUCAUGGCCAUCCUCAUUUUCUCUGUCGGCAUGGUUCUGCGCCUCCAGGAGCCGCCACUCAUGAGUUAUGGGCGAGUCAUCUACUGUGUCAACAUUAUCUAUUGGUACAUCCGGUUGCUGGACAUCUUUGGAGUCAACAAGUACCUGGGUCCUUAUGUGAUGAUGAUUGGAAAGAUGAUGAUAGACAUGAUGUAUUUUGUCAUCAUCAUGUUGGUGGUGCUGAUGAGUUUUGGAGUGGCACGUCAGGCCAUUCUCAACCCAAAUGAAGACCCGUCUUGGAUGCUGGCAAGGAACAUCUUCUUCAUGCCCUACUGGAUGAUCUACGGAGAAGUGUUUGCUGACCAGAUUGACCAUAUGCAUAGUAGGAAGUUACAGCACAGGCUGAAUGAAAAACUCUGGCUGGUCGAAAAUUACAUUCGAACUCACGGAAGCUGGCGUAGUAAUGGUCCAUCCCACACUGCCCAGUGCAGUCAAAAUCCCACCCCCUGUGGUCAGAACAUCACCACAGAGGACGGGGUGGUGGCCCUGCCACCCUGUAAAACGGGUGCCUGGAUUGUCCCAGCCAUCAUGGCCUGCUAUCUGCUCGUCGCUAACAUCCUGUUGGUCAACCUCCUCAUCGCUGUGUUCAAUAACACAUUCUUUGAGGUGAAGUCCAUCUCCAACCAGGUCUGGAAGUUCCAGCGAUAUCAGCUCAUUAUGACCUUCCAUGAGCGCCCAGUCCUUCCUCCUCCCCUCAUCAUCUUCAGUCAUAUAACCAUGGUCCUCAAACAUCUGUGUUGUCGCUGGCGCAAGCAUGAUGAUGACGAGCGGGACUAUGGGCUGAAGCUUUUCAUCACUGAGGAUGAGCUGAAGAAAGUCCAUGACUUUGAGGAGCAGUGCAUAGAGGAGUACUUCAGAGAGAAGGAUGACAGGUUUCACUCCUCAAAUGACGAGAGGAUCAGAGUCACUUCUGAAAGGGUGGAGAAUAUGGCAAUGCGCCUGGAAGAAGUCAAUGAAAGAGAACAUUUCAUGAAGGCAUCGCUGCAGACUGUUGAUAUUCGUCUUGCUCAAAUGGAGGAGCUGAUUGGCAGGAUUGCUGUAGCACUGGAGCGUGUGACCGGUGUUGAGCGUGGGGAGGUUAACAAAGCACGUUCCCGAACUUCUUCUGAUUGCACAGACUCAGCGUACAUACUUCGCCAAAGUGAGUGUGCAGAAGCAGCAUACAUCCUCCGUCAAAGCAGCUUCAACAGCACGGAAGGGAAUGCCUACCGUCUGCAGGAGGCGCUAGAAGGAGCAGCUGAGGGCUCCAUGUCCCCUCCCUCUCCGACCACCUUGGCCUCACGGACAAGAAGCCACUCCUUUUAUGUUGGAGGCGGUCGUGGCGGUGAACGGGCAAGUGGAGCUGAACGUGCAGAGAGCUUCUUUAAAGAGCGCUCACUCAGUCUUCACCGUGCCAACAGCUCUCAAUCAGUAUCCUCAGCCGCCGCCACCAAGGAGUCUAAGCCCCUCCCUCUAGCGACGCUGUCGGUCUCCCAGCAGCACCGUCCAUCGUCAUGCAUUGAUAUCUAUGUCUCCACAUCUGAAGAGGCUGGGCCUGCGGAGGUCUUUCUAGAUCCUCUACGUGUGGUCCCACAGCUCCAGAGAGACUCCUCACUGCAGUCUGAUAUCAUGGAGACGGUGCUGCCGGGAGGCCGGGACUUCAGCAGCGCCGCCACCAGCGGUAUGGGCGACAGAUACUCGGACGGCGGUGCAGGUAUCAGCGGAACAGCUGGGGCCAUGUUUGAUGAUAGUGCUGCUGCCGAUUUAUCAAUGUGCUCCGCCCACCUCUUACCAGACACCACUUUACCUCCUUGGGACAUGGAACCAUCCCCGCCUCCUUCAGCAGGGCUGCUCGAGCGCUCCAAGAGCAGCCGUUACCUCUCCACAGCAGGCACAGGGUUCCUGGACGAGCCCCCUCUGGUCAAGUCCCACAGCCUCAUGUUCACACCACGAGGCUGCUACAGUGGCCUGGGGGCUGGAGUCCAGGUGAAAGCUGCAGAAUACACCAGCAUCACAGACUGCAUCGACACACGCUGUGUCUCAGCUCCAUACACACCUGUAGAACGCUCUCACUCCCCCGGAGCAUCCACCUCAUUCCCCUUUGAUAAACCCCCAGACAUUAGCUCCUCUCACCCAGAGAGAGAGGCAGAGCUUAGUCAUACAGAGUCUGAUCCAGAGGACCCUGAGGACUUGAUCCCGGCCCCUGAUACCCCUCGCUUAGGGGGUCUUAGUGGGCCCAGCGGGGCUCCUCUCUGCUCCCCCUUCUCCAGGUUAGAGCGAGCAAACAGCUGCUCCUCAGAUGACUCCCAUCCCUCCCUCACGCUGGCUCCUCCGCACCGGAAGAGCCUGUCGGUGAGUGAGAGGAUGGAGAGGGGACCGGGACUGGGGGCAGACAGGGGGCCUGGGCCAGGGGGUCGGGGUCUGGCAGGAACCAGAAACCCCUUUCUAAGGAGCAAGUCCGGAGCACGGCCCGAAACAGCGAAGACUGACAGCCUCUCUAUGAGGAAGCUGGCUACUCCGUCAGCUUUUCGCAGCUUUGAUAGACAAAACUACACGUGACAAGAGCAGAGGUCAGCACGCACACACAAACACAGACAUACACAGACACACUGACAGGACCAGAGAGAAACACUGAGAGGGUCUACAGUCCAACUCAAAUGUGUAGGCUGCUCACAGAUGUGGAUCUGAACUAGAUCUAAGGUUUCUUGCUUGUUUUAGGUCAGAAAAUCAGUAACUUUAUUCAAAGUCAGUGCUUGGGUGCAGUGUCACCCUGGAUAAGUAGUCAGGGGAAGAGUGUGGGAGAUAAGGGGUCCUAUUGUACACCAGUCAAAACAAAGAGCUAUGAAUCUAGACUAGUUUUUACCUCCUGUUGUAGCUGAAUAACCCUCAGUGGGGUGUUAUGGCUAUGGAAGGUGUGUUUGUACUGUAUGUCUUCCAUCCACCACCUUUAUGUCAAGUAGACAUCUGUCACUGUGUUACAUCACAUAUCAAUCCUGUUAGUCAGAGAAAGUAAUCUGUUACCUCUAGCUACAUUUUAUGGUAGAAACUUUCAAGUUUGAGAGACUAAAACCGAAAAGAACGAUAAAACAGCCACCUCAUUUUGUCAUUUUUCUUAGCAUAGAGUCAUAACUGUAUAAUACAGUGUCCUCUCUUCUUAAAAUCCUAACUCCACUCUGUUAGACUCCAGCAAGAGCAAACAGAAACCUCUCUGGCUGCUUCAUUAAUCAGCACUGAAGGAUUUAGAACCAUCAAGAACUAUUUCCCCUCUCAGCUGCACUGGAAAUGAUUGCAGUGACAUUGCAACAACUUACCUCAGGAUACAGAAAUACACCUUUGAAAAAUCAAAUGAGUUUAUCUUUUAAAGCAUAUCAGAUUUGCGUUUUAUCGUCUUUAUUUUGUAGCUUAAUUUAGUUACACAACUGUUUUUACUUUUUACAUGUCAUUUAUCUAGAGAAGAAAGAAGUGUCUGAACAUACUCCAGCCGUAAGGUCACAUGUUUCACCAGUCAUGGCUGUUUAAUGAAAACUCAUUAGCCACAUAUACAGAGAAACCCCAAAUAUAAUCUGGAAAAUUCAGAAAUAAAACAUAGCAUGAAUACAGUCUUUAACCACUGAUGUUUGGGGCAGUUCAGCUGUUGACAAACAGAGAGAGAGAAAAAAUCAAAGAUUUUAACCACAUUCCUGUGCAUAGUUGCACAUGAGCAGUGAACUCCCCCUUUGGAAAAUAAAUUUUGUUUCAAGCCUGAUCAGCAAGUGCAGUUGCAAAGAUCUGGUACAAGAGGGCACUGCUGAUCCACUUUAGAAGAAAUACUCUCUCUUUGUGUACCUCAAAUGAACCUUCUUUGCUUGCACCCAAUGCCAAAAAAAUCACUCAACAAACAGACAUGUAUUCCUCAUUCAGGGCUUGGCAGUGACAUAAUUUUGCAAUGGUUAAACAUCCACCUCCACCCAACAGAUCCGUCCUUCAUCUGUUGCAUAACUGCCAAUCAUUUGCCUUUAUUCCCUUAACUGCAUGCAAAGAAAACAUCAGCAACAUUUUCACAACAAUAAAAAUCUAGUUUAAAAUCAUAUUCAGUGCAAAGGGGGUAUUUAUUUCUUAAAAGAGGUUAAAAUAAAUUAUAUGCAUUCUAGUCAACACAUUAGAAAUUGUGUUUUAUGUGGCAUUAAGAGGGAAACAUGGGGUUAUGAUGAGAAAAAGAUGAAAGCCAGAUCAGUGUUUUAAAAGUUUCUGUUUCUUUUUUAAUCAACUAAUAACAUCUGAGGGGACGACGCCCUUCUCUAAUAGCCUUGUAAAGAUAUGAUAGAGAAACUAAUAGAAUUCCUACUGAUUUUAUAUGUUUGUUUUAUAUCUCCUCACUACUACGAUUCACUUGAAUUAUGUUGCAUUUAUUUUGAGAUUGAUUCUGUUUAUUGACAUUUUCUUGCUCAUUAUUGAUAAAUACAGUAAAUGCCUGUUUGAAUUAUGAAAUCAAUAUUUAUAUCUUCUCAGUGAUAUUUUUGUCAAAUUUUAAGUAUUUUCUAAUUAAGCUUUUAAAUUGAAUAAAAGAUGACCAUCGACAUGCACUAAAUGCUGAUGUAUUAUAUUAUUUAUGAACUAUAGAACUGUCUGAUAUACUGUACGUUUUAAUCAUAUUUAAAGUAUUUAAAGUAGUUUUUAUUGUAUGUUUUAUCAAGCAGCUUAUGAGAAUUUUCUCAUGUGAAGUGGACUUGGCAGCACACUGUUGCCAGUAAACCACACUUAGGGUGCCUUUUUUGGCAUGGAUGGAGUACGUGGGGAUGACGUGAGUCAGAAAUCUGUGAAAUUUCUUACUCUUUUUUCUUUUUUUAAUCAUAGAGCCCAGUAAUAUGUGAUUUUUUUUAAACAUACAGCUUUUACAUAAGCUCAUAUACCUUUGUUUUGUCUCUGAUGUACAGAGUGGGUGAAAUAUUGUAUCAUUGUUUAUGGAAAUUUAUUUGAAUCUACCAAAAAAAAACAUAAUAGUUUCAUAUGAAAAUAAAAAAAGAUCUAUUUGCACAUUAAACUUAGACAUAACGAUGAGGAUAUAGCAUCAACAUAGGCUAAGCUAUGUGUCACAUCCCAAUCUGCUUGAUGUUCCCAACUCUUCAUAAUCUUGACCCCAAUCUACGACCUUUACUGAGGUACUCUAGCAGUGUAGUAUUGAUUCUCCUCAAAGUUGGGAGACUUUCUAGAUACAUUUUAAUAUAACAGUUUAAAGGUGAAGGUACAGAUGCUGAGCUUGAUUGACUUUUUACCCCAAGAAUGAGUAAAACCUCACAAACACUGGACUGUAAAAUUGAACUGAAGUGAAAACCUCCCUGUUAGACUUCCCAAUCACUCCCCUUGCUCUGCUGCUGUGUUCAUAGACUGAAAUAGCACUCCCAGUAAUCUGUAAACUGACCUGUGUUUGUAAAAUUAGCAGAUUUCUCCUUUAACUUAGACAUUACAUACAUGAAUUGCAUUGUGGACUCAUGUUCAGUAGUGAAUCACGUAGCUCAGGCAGACUGGGAGUUACACUUUUGUACACAUAUAAGGACAAAUGAAGAUGUUCUAACCAGUUGACACAUUCAAAGGACUGGAUGUGCAAAUCUCUUUUGUUUUGGGGGCUUUUUUAUGCCUUUAUUUAGAAAGGAAGACAGUGGAAAGAAAAAAUAGGGGAAAGGAGUCACAGGCCGGACUUGAACCUGGCAGCCUGUGUACAUGGGGUAUGACCUAACUGCUAGGCCCUUUGUGCCCCAUGUGCUAAUUUCUUGAUAAGUCGGCUAAAGUGUGUUUUAGAGAGUUUUACCCGAAGUCAAUGCUCAGGGACAAAGGUGAUGCACGAAAACACGAAUGUCAUAAAAUCAUGGUAAAAGAACGAAGGAAAAAGAGCGAUUUGAAUUUGUCUUCAGCUGAAGGCUUCCAAUAUAAUCACUGUGCUUUAUGAGUCUGACCUGGAGUCUAUGGAGACUGUAGGGAAAUCUAUUCAUUUGUGUCUUAUGUCUUCUGAAAUGGCAAUAGAAUAUGGAAGAAUUUCUUCAUAAAUGAGCGCCUGACUUUGUUCACAUACAGGUUUUUGAGUUCCUUCAAAUCUAUUAGAGAGGGCUUUGGUCACACACAGCUGACCCUCAGGCUCAGAUUCAAACCAAAGUUAGACAAACCAAAUGGAAACAAGCCGGCCCGGCUCUGCUGACCUGUUGUCUACUCAGCUGUGGUACACAAGGAGUCAUACAGCCCGACUCAGUUUUAAAUGGCUAACUAUGAAAAUGGACGAGCGUGUCCAGCUGAAAGUGAAGACCAUUUUUGUUUUGACCAGAAAGAACAGGAGACAACAGCGCCCACAUUUUUUUUCUAAACUCGAAUGAACACAAGUCUCUAUGUGCUGUUUUUGGUAUGUUGACAUGGCUGUUUUUGUGUGCGUGUGUGUUCAUAAGCUGUGUAAUCCCAGACACGUAGGUGACAGUGAGACAUGACAACCCAGAAUCUCAAUUGAUGUUUUUUUUUUUUUUUUCCCCUAAAUUGUAUCUGGCACUUCUGUGAAAUUAUGAUCACAUGGUGUUAAUCGACAGAUCUGCUUCCUUCCCAUGACAACUUGUGACUCGUAGAAAGGCUAAUGAGAACUCCAUGCACAUGUUUUUUCUGCAAUAAUUGCUGAUUUUGCGCUUCUACAACCGAACCGAAGUCACACUUUAUUUAAUGUCCUUCAAAUGCAUGCAGUUCUUCCCCUGCGAGUGUACAGAGGUGACCUGUGGUGACAACUGAG